GCAGGAAAUAUGCACACAGAACUACAUUCUAAUACCUUAAGAAGUUGGCGGCGGUGGUCAAUUUGAUGGUAAAAUGACAUGAGGAGUAGAUAGCUUCGAAAUUGGUUAAUUAGCCAACUGGCGCUAACAAAACCCAUGAAUAGAUUCUUCUUCACUCGAGCCACAGAAAACCCCAAACCGAUGGCCCAUUGUUACCAAUUUUCAAGAUUAGAAGUUUCCUGAAAACCUACCAGAGAUCUGGCAAAGAUGCGAGAGCGUACAAGGUGCUAGCCCGAACUGCCGAGAUGCUAUCUGCCGAGUUACUGCAUUUCAAACUAGAAUUGAGAGUGCGCAUUAGAUUCCGCAACACGAAAAGAAAUGGUUCGAUUCGAAUGAUAUGUCAAAAUAUAAUAACGAUCAAUCUUUUGAGAGAUCUCAGCAACGCAGUACUACUACGCUCCGAUAUGCAUACAAUUUUCGAUCAACGCAAACUUGUAUUCUUCCCAAGAGAUAACGGUCCCAAUCCGUUCGUUGUACAUAUGCUACAGCCAACAGUGGAUGUCGGACAACUCUACCACAAUACCUGCAUCCAUAUACAUGCAUGCGGUUUGGAAUUUCUAUUUGCAAGGUUUGCAUGGACGAUAUUUCCUUUUCUCUCUGGCUUCCUUUCUCGAACAUCAAACAGUCGAUUGGUUAUUCAAGUAGGUGCUGAUGGACGAUCUGAGGUGGAACUAUCGAAUCCUGUUGUACUUGCGAAAAAAGCGGUUGCCUCUCGUAGCAACAGUCCGACCAAACGCAGCCGAGUUACUUCAAACCUUGAUGACGAAGUGGAAGAAUCAUCUAAACGCUCGCGUAUUUACAGCCCCAAUAGGAAUAGUUCCUCUUCUUUUACGUGUUCGACUUCGGAAGAUGACUGCGAUUUCGACAAAAGUCCUCUACCCUCAAUUCUCGAUGAAAGUGAUUACAUCAACGCAUUACGCAAAAAGGCAUUAAUACAACAAAGACCGGCUGGAUAUCAAAGACUCACGUACGAUAGGCAUUGACCAGCAAAGGAAGAGUUAAUUUUGAUGGGUGUAGACAUCAUAAGUGAUUCAGAUAAUUCGGAUGGGAUGGUCGAAAUGGAUACAUAGGCUUCUCGCAAUCGAAUGCGUUCAUGAGGAGUGCGGUGAGUAAGACAGUCCUAACUUCUAGCACGACUUGGAUCACGAUCCGGGGAUGUUGGU